CGGAAGCGGGGGCGCGGAGGCGGGUCUGAGGUUUGGUGGGUGCGGGGCAGGCCGCGGGCAGCUGUCCGGCUCCUUUUGACAGCCGCCAGUGCGAACGGCUGCCAGCAUGUCAUCAGUGAGCCCCAUCCAGAUCCCCAGCCGCCUCCCGCUGUUGCUCACCCACGAGGGCGUCCUGCUGCCCGGCUCCACCAUGCGCACCAGUGUGGACUCGGCCCGCAACCUGCAGCUGGUGCGGAGCCGCCUUCUGAAGGGCACGUCGCUGCAAAGCACCAUCCUGGGCGUCAUCCCCAACACGCCUGACCCCGCCAGCGACGCGCAGGACCUGCCGCCGCUGCACAGGAUUGGCACAGCUGCACUGGCCGUUCAGGUUGUGGGCAGUAACUGGCCCAAGCCCCACUACACUCUGUUGAUUACAGGCCUGUGCCGUUUCCAGAUUGUACAGGUCUUAAAAGAGAAGCCAUAUCCCAUUGCUGAAGUGGAGCAGUUGGACCGACUUGAGGAGUUUCCCAACACCUGUAAAAUGAGGGAGGAGCUAGGAGAACUAUCAGAGCAGUUUUACAAAUAUGCAGUACAAUUGGUUGAAAUGUUGGAUAUGUCUGUCCCUGCAGUUGCUAAAUUGAGACGUCUUUUAGAUAGUCUUCCAAGGGAAGCUUUACCAGACAUCUUGACAUCAAUUAUCCGAACAAGCAACAAAGAGAAACUCCAGAUUUUAGAUGCUGUGAGCCUAGAGGAGCGGUUCAAGAUGACUAUACCACUGCUUGUCAGACAAAUUGAAGGCCUGAAAUUGCUUCAAAAAACCAGAAAACCCAAGCAAGAUGAUGAUAAGAGGGUUAUAGCAAUACGCCCUAUUAGGAGAAUUACACAUAUCUCAGGUACUUUAGAAGAUGAAGAUGAAGAUGAAGAUAAUGAUGACAUUGUCAUGCUAGAGAAAAAAAUACGAACAUCUAGUAUGCCAGAGCAGGCCCAUAAAGUCUGUGUCAAAGAGAUAAAGAGACUCAAAAAAAUGCCUCAGUCAAUGCCAGAAUAUGCUCUGACUAGAAAUUAUUUGGAACUUAUGGUAGAACUUCCUUGGAACAAAAGUACAACUGACCGCCUGGACAUUAGGGCAGCUCGGAUUCUUCUGGAUAAUGACCAUUAUGCCAUGGAAAAAUUGAAGAAAAGAGUGCUGGAAUACUUGGCUGUCAGACAGCUCAAAAAUAACCUGAAGGGCCCAAUCCUAUGCUUUGUUGGCCCUCCUGGAGUUGGUAAAACAAGUGUGGGAAGAUCAGUGGCCAAGACUCUAGGUCGAGAGUUCCAUAGGAUUGCACUUGGAGGAGUAUGUGAUCAGUCUGACAUUCGAGGACACAGGCGCACCUAUGUUGGCAGCAUGCCUGGUCGCAUCAUCAACGGCUUGAAGACUGUGGGAGUGAACAACCCAGUGUUCCUAUUAGAUGAGGUUGACAAACUGGGAAAAAGUCUACAGGGUGAUCCAGCAGCAGCUCUGCUUGAGGUGUUGGAUCCUGAACAAAACCAUAACUUCACAGAUCAUUAUCUAAAUGUGGCCUUUGACCUUUCUCAAGUUCUGUUUAUAGCUACCGCCAACACCACUGCUACCAUUCCAGCUGCCUUGUUGGACAGAAUGGAGAUCAUUCAGGUUCCAGGGUAUACACAGGAGGAGAAGAUAGAGAUUGCCCAUAGGCACUUGAUCCCCAAGCAGCUGGAACAACAUGGGCUGACUCCUCAGCAGAUUCAGAUACCCCAGGUCACCACUCUUGACAUCAUCACCAGGUAUACCAGAGAGGCAGGGGUUCGUUCUCUGGAUAGAAAACUUGGGGCCAUUUGCCGAGCUGUGGCCGUGAAGGUGGCAGAAGGACAGCAUAAGGAAGCCAAGUUGGACCGUUUUGAUGUGACUGAGAGAGAAGGUUGCAGAGAACACAUCUUAGAAGAUGAAAAACCUGAAUCUAUCAGUGACACUACUGACUUGGCUCUACCACCUGAAAUGCCGAUUUUGAUUGAUUUCCAUGCUCUGAAAGACAUCCUUGGACCCCCGAUGUAUGAAAUGGAGGUAUCUCAGCGUUUGAGUCAGCCAGGAGUAGCAAUAGGUUUGGCUUGGACUCCCUUAGGUGGAGAAAUCAUGUUCGUGGAGGCGAGUCGAAUGGAUGGCGAGGGCCAGUUAACUCUGACCGGCCAGCUCGGGGACGUGAUGAAGGAGUCCGCCCACCUCGCUAUCAGCUGGCUCCGCAGCAACGCAAAGAAGUACCAGCUGACCAAUGCUUUUGGAAGUUUUGAUCUUCUUGACAACACAGACAUCCAUCUGCACUUCCCAGCUGGAGCUGUCACAAAAGAUGGACCAUCUGCUGGAGUUACCAUAGUAACCUGUCUCGCCUCACUUUUUAGUGGGCGGCUGGUACGUUCAGAUGUAGCCAUGACUGGAGAAAUUACACUGAGAGGUCUUGUUCUUCCAGUGGGUGGAAUUAAAGACAAAGUGCUGGCAGCACACAGAGCGGGACUGAAGCAAGUCAUUAUUCCUCGGAGAAAUGAAAAAGACCUUGAGGGAAUCCCAGGCAACGUACGACAGGAUUUAAGUUUUGUCACAGCAAGCUGCCUGGAUGAGGUUCUUAAUGCAGCUUUUGAUGGUGGCUUUACUGUCAAGACCAGACCUGGUCUGUUAAAUAGCAAACUAGGAAGGAAAUAUCAAAAAGGUCUGAAUAGACAACAGGCAAAUCUGCUUCCACCUACCGAAAGAGUUUUAGGUUGGCAGGCUGAUGGGUGCCUUAUUUUCUGUGAAAUUGAAAUUUUAAACACUGGCCAGAAAAUGUUUGAUUGCCAUUUCAACACAUGGAAAUAGUUACAUUGAUGCCUAAAUUGCCAUUUUCUGCAAAAAGCUGUGCAAUGCUGGUGUCAAAGACUAGACAGUCGCUAUUCAUAAUGGCUGUUGCAAUUCCUUCAUGAAUAGAUCGAGGAGUUGCUUCCCAAGUCAAUCGUCGCCUAUGACCAUUUAGCUCAAGUCGGUAAGCAAAAUUUUCAGCUUGCUUGCGUGUUCCUAUCAGCUGUACGAUUGCGAAGAACUGCUGGUGACCAUCGUAUUUUUCCUGUUUCUCUAAGACUAACAUGAAGUGAAAGCCAAAACAGGACUGCAUCAUCACCCAGUCAACAGCACCAGGAAGAUUAAUGUCUGUAGCAAGGAAAACUAUAUCCUCUCCCUGUAGGGUUGUAAUGGACUUAUGCUGAUGCAUCAGAUGGGGCAUUACAGCAUCCAGAGAGCCUUGCCAUUUACAGGAAGCACCAGGGCACGGACAGGAAUAAGGCCUAAACUCACAGAGCUCUUCGUGGUCUGCUUUUUCUGUGUGUGGCAGAGUUAUUUCACAUCCAGAAGAGGCAUAUUUACAGGGGAAAAGUACUGAAUUAGCCACUUUCUCCAUAGCCAAGUUGCGAAUGGAUCCCAAAGGGCCCCGGCAAGUUGGACAACAUGUGAGCUUUGGGCGACAGUUGCUACAAACAAGAUGGCCACUCUGACACUGAAGAAUGGGUGGUAACACAUAGUCAAAGCAGACUGGACACUCAAAAAGACUCGCCAAGUCAUUGUUGGAUGCAGUUGUGCCAGUCAGGGCAGGCACCCUCUGGGAUGGUGGACACUUCGAGGUACCGGUAGGUAAUGCUGUAGCAGUCUGACGGCUCAUUUCUGAAAUAAAUACAUAAGGAGGCAGAAGAAAAAUAA